GACUGUCUCGGACUCGGCUCCUCUUCCACCUCUGGCUCCGUCCGUCCGUCCUUCCCUCCCUCCCUCUCCAUCCCCAUUCAACGCGCCGGCCCAGGUCGCCAAGCAAGCUGCCCUCCGAUCGUGUCCUGGCCGCCGCUGCCGCUAAUUGAUCGAUUGCAGUUGAGACAGGGGCCGGAAGGAUGGCGGCGCACGACUAUUCCGGCGACAGCGAGCUUGAGGACCCAUCCUACCAGGAGCCCGCCUUCGAGGCCUUCAUGUGCCCUCUCACCAAGCAGGUGAUGCACGACCCUGUGACCAUCGAGACGGGGCACACCUUCGAGCGCGAGGCCAUCCUCAAGUGGUUCAGGGAGUGCAGGGACAGCGGCAGGACGCCGACGUGCCCCCUGACGCAGGCGGAGCUGCGCGCCGCCGACAUCAGCCCCAGCAUAGCCCUGCGCAACGCCAUCGACGAGUGGAGGGCAAGGAACCAGGACAAGGAGCUCGACAAGGCCAAGCUGCAGCUGCAAUCCCAAUCCCAGCCCCAGGACGACGACGCCGCCGCCCAGCUGCCCCUGCGAGCUCUCGGCUACAUCUCCCACAUGUGCCACGCCAGCACCGCCAACAAGAACCUGGUGCGCAGGCAGGGCAUCAUACCCGCGGUCGCCGCCAUGCUCAAGAGCAGCAGCAGAAGGGUCCGCCUCAAGGCUCUCGACCUCCUCCGCGUCCUCGUCGAGGGCAACGACGACAACAAGGAGGAGCUGGGGCAAGGCGGCGACACCAUACGCACCAUCAUCAAGUUCUUGUCCAACGACCAUGUCCAGGAGAGGGAGUUGGCCGUGUCGCUGCUGCACGAGCUCUCCAAGCUCGACCCCAUCUGCCAGAGGAUCGGAGCGGUCUACGGGGCCAUUCUUCUCCUGGUCGGGAUGGGGAGCAGCAAAUCCGACAACCCUGCGGCCGUGGAGAAAGCCGAGAGCACCCUCAGGAACCUGGAGAGGUACGAGACCAACGUCAAGCAGAUGGCCGAGAACGGCAGGCUCCAGCCUCUGAUCACCAAGCUCAUCCACGGCACGCCUCAGGUCCAGCUUGCCAUGGCCGAGUACCUUGGCGAGCUCGCCCUGGCCAACGACGUCAAGGUCGUGGUGGCGGAGCAGGCCGGGCCGCUGCUGGUCAGCAUCAUGAAGUCGACGGGCAGCAGCCUGCCGGCGAAAGAGGCGACGCUCAAAGCCCUGAGGGAGAUCUCGUCCAACGAGUCCAGCGCCAGGAUCCUGCUCCAGGUGGGCAUCCUGCCGCCGCUGGUCAAGGACCUCCUCUCCGUGGGCGCCGGCCACCUGCCCAUGAGGCUCAAGGAGGUGUCGGCCGCCAUCCUGGCCAACCUGGUGGCGUCCGGGUCGCUGGACGCCGAGACGGCCGGGGAGACGCUGCUGUCGGAGGAUGUGCUCCACAGCCUGCUCCACCUCAUCAGCAACACCGGCCCCGCCAUCGAGUGCAAGCUCCUCAGCGUCCUCGUCGGGCUCACCGGCUCCCCGGCCACCGUGGCCGACGUGGUCUUCGCCAUCCGCAGCUCCGGCGCCACCAUCAGCCUAGUCCAGUUCGUGGAGGCCGCGCACCGGGAGAUCCGCCUCGAGUCCCUCAAGCUGCUGCGCAACGUGUCGCCGUACAUGGGCGCGGAGCUCGCGGACGCCCUCGGGGGCCACCUGGGCAGCCUGCUGAGGGCGGUUUACGACGACCGCAGCGGGGGCGUGACGGAGGAGCAGGCGGCGGCGGCGGGGCUGCUGGGCGACCUCCCCGAGAGGGACUGGGACCUGACGCGGCAGCUGCAGGAGCUGGGCGCGUUCCGGGCGCUGGCGUCCAAGCUGGUGGAGCUCCGGCGGGGCACGAUCCGCGGCAACCGACACGUGGCGCCCUUCACGGAGGGCGCGGUGAAGGUGCUCUACAGGGUGACGUGCGCGCUGGGGGAAGGCGGGGGGGAGUACGUGGAGGUGGCGCGGGAGCUGGGCCUGGCGCCGCUCUUCGUCGACCUGCUGCAGCAGCAGAUGAGCAGCGGCCUCGACGCCGUGCUGCUCUACUCGGCCAUGGCGCUGGAGAACCUGUCGCUGCAGUCGGGGAGGCUGACGGCCGUGCCGGAGCCGGCGCCGGCGCCGCGGGGCCUCCUCCUCAUGUGCGCGUGCCUCGGGGGAGGGACGCCGGCGCCGGCGCCCGGGGCGCUGGGCACGUGCCGCGUGCACGGCGGCUUCUGCUCGCUGCGUGAGAGCUUCUGCCUGGCGGAGGGCGGGUGCAAGGCGGUGGAGCGGCUGGUGGCGUGCCUGGAGCACGCGGACGCGCGGGUGGUGGAGGCGGCGCUGGCCGCGCUGUCGACGCUGGUGGGGGACGGCGUGGCGAACGCGGCGGAGGGCGUGCUGGUGGUCGGCGAGGCGGAGGGUCUGCGCCCCGUGGUGGAGGUGCUGGUGGAGAACCGGACGGAGGCGCUGCAGCGGCGGGCCGUGUGGGCGGUGGAGCGCAUCCUGCGCGUCGAGGACAUUGCAGAGGAGGUGGCGGCGGACCAGACCGUGGCGUCAGCGCUCGUCGAGGCCUACCGCAACGGCGACGCCCGCACCCGGCAGACGGCGGAGCGCGCGCUCCGGCAUCUCGACAGGAUCCCAAACUUCUCCAGCGCCUUCCACCACGCCAAAGCCAGCAGGGGGGCAUGAACAAGAACAACAUCUUCCUGGCAGUAGCAGUGGUUCAUUGACGAUGGCAAAACCACCAAACCACCAUCUCUCUUUCUGAGUGUGCAUAGGCAAAUACAGCUGUGAUUAUAUGAUGUAUGCAUGUAUUUUGAUGGAUUCAUGUAUGUGUUUAUAUAAACAAACGGAGCAUAGUAUGAGACAAACUACGACUCAGUUUGGACGGUCA